AUGGCUGAGGCCCUAGAAUUAAAAUACAUAACGCCACUAGAUGAGUUGUACCUUAUCCCUGAUGGUGGUCAUAGUCACUACCAUGAAUAUGGAGCUGGCAACACAGUCGAUCAACUCCAAUCUGAUUUGUUGAAAUUGAUUUCUAGAAUUGAAGGCUUAUAUAGCGUGGCCGUUAGCGAUAAAGAUGGUGUACCUAUAGUUUAUGUUACAUCGCAGAAUAUACCUGAAGUUGAUGUCAAAGGCAUUUUACCUGCCAUAAACGGUAUCAUCGAUCAGGCUAGUAAACUUAGCAUAACUGAAAGCAAGAGCUUGGUUGCUCAGUACAAGUCUUAUCAGGUUAUACUAAUAAAUCGAUCUCCAGUGUAUAUAUCAUUUGUAACAGCAAGGAAAGUAAAUACGGGAUUAAUCUUAACAUUGGAUGACGAUGUUAUGGAUAUCCUUGGUGACAUCAAAUCAGUCAUUCGCUUCACAUGUGCACAAAAGAUCUGUGCUCAAUGUUUUCGUUUAUAA